AUGAGCUCGCAGCGCUAUUCACGGGUGAAUGCCCAGGAUGAAGAGGAAGGACCACAUUCCUAUCCGCUGAACGCGCGACCUGAACAUAGCAACUCUUCACCUUCGUCUUUCCGUUCCGGAUCCCGCUCGUCGUCACGAUCGUCAAGGCGGCUAUUACACCACGAUCCGCAACACGACGAUGACGAACAGACACUCGCCGAUGCUUUUGGCGACGAAGACGGGUCCGAUGAUGAUAAUGAGCCGGAUGACCGACAGCGCUUGAUGCGAGCAGACUCCGACUUCCGUGCUCCCCCGGAUAACGGCCCUACCACCACGGCCUCUUCGUCGGACUCGAGAGGCGAUCCGCAGGAUCAGAUUCAAUCAGGGCUUCUCAGGCGACCGACGCUAUUACCAAGUUUUACGACCCCGGCUUCGGGAGGGAGUCGGCAGAUCGCCUCAUCGAAUGAUGGAGUCUUUGCCAAUCUUGCUGCCAAGCCUGAACGGGGUGAGAAGAAUGAUGAUCUUCCUCCUUCAUACGAAGAAGCCGCAGCUGAUGCGACACCGCCAUAUUGGGAGACCACCAUUGUAGCUCCUGGUAUCUCGUCAGACGAGGUCUAUGUCGAUGGAUUGCCUGUUGGAUCUGUUUUCUCAUUUAUUUGGAACGCCAUGAUUUCAAUGUCAUUCCAGCUCGUUGGCUUCUUGCUGACCUAUCUUCUUCACACCACCCAUGCCGCAAAGAACGGCAGCCGAGCGGGUCUCGGUCUUACUCUUGUUCAAUACGGCUUCUACAUGAAAGGUGGCAGCAGCGACAGUUCCGGCUCCGAGGGUGGAGGCUCCGAAUAUGUCCCUCCACCUGACCCCAACAGCCACAACUUCGACCCUAAUUCGGUUGGUGAGGGUGGGGGUAAUGGAGGGAACGGCGCCAUCUCUGGCAUCAGCACCAGUGAAUGGAUUUCAUAUAUUCUUAUGAUUGUUGGCUGGUUCAUCUUAAUCCGUGCGGUCAGUGAUUUCCUGCGGGCACGACGUCAUGAACAGCUUGUUUUGCAGAGCCCGGAUCGUGGCUUGGGUGUACCAGUCAUUGCAGAGGGCGAACGAUCCGAGACUGUUGUCUAA